AGGUAAAGGGAUUGUAUCUUCAAACGGUCACAACUGGAGGCAGCAGAGACGUUUUACCCUCACUGCUCUACGCACGUUGGGAGUGGGGAAGAAAGACAUGGAGAGUAAAAUACAACAGGUGACCCAUCGGCUGGUGGAGACCUUUGCACGCACAAAGGGGCAGCCAAUUGACCCUUUACCAUUCGUCGUGAGUUCAGUCUGUAAUGUGAUUUGCCUUCUGACUUUGGGAUACUGCUUUUCUCCUGAAGACACAAAGUUCCAGAUGAUAUUAGAAGACAUUAGUAAUUAUACAAACUUUGGGGGCUCUGCCUUCUUAUUGCUCAAUGAUUUGUUUCCAUGGUUAAUGGAACAUCUCCCAGGACCUCAUCAGAAGAUACAAGAGUCCAUGGAGAAAGGUUUAUUAAUUAUAAAGGAAGAGGCAGAGAAACGCAGCCAAGAUUUGGCCCAGCGUCAGCCAAAGGAUAUCCUAGAUCUGUAUCUACUCGAGAUAGAAAAGAAACAAAGUGAACCCAACUCUACCUUUGAUAAUGGAAACAUGACUCAAAGCAUUCUGGAAUUGUUUUUUGCCGGGACAGAAACAACAGCAAGUUUUCUGCAGUGGGCUUUGUUCCUCAUGAUGGUAUAUCCAGAUAUCCAAGGGAACGUUCAUUCUCCAAGAUUUCUAUUCAGUUCUUCAUGAUCCCAAGCAAUGGGAGAGGCCUGAAGAAUUCAAUCCAAAUCAUUUUUUAGACAAGGAUGGAAAUUUUAUGAAGAGAGAAGAAUUUAUGCCAUUUGGAGCAGGUAAACUCUGAAUCAUUUUCCUAGUGGUUAGGGACUGGCUA